UGCUACCUGCUCAGUCAGCUCGUUGGGGAGAAGGGCCACGUCACCGGGAUAGACAUGACCCAAGGCCAGGUCGAGGUGGCGAAGAAGCACAUCGCCUACCACAUGGACAAAUUUGGCUACCGAACGCCUAAUGUGGACUUUAUCCAGGGCUACUUGGAGAAGCUAGAUGACGCUGGCCUGGCCGACGAGAGCUACGAUAUUGUCAUCUCCAACUGCGUGAUCAACCUCUCCCCGGACAAGAGAGCCGUCCUGCGGGAGGCCUAUCGAGUGCUGAAGCCCGGGGGAGAGAUGCACUUCAGCGACGUCUACGCCAGCCAGUGCCUGAGCGAGGCUGCCCGGCUCACCGGCUUCUCCCUUCCAGGCGACUGCCGGUUCGUCUCUGCGACUUUCCGCCUCUUCAAGGUGCCGGCGGACAGCCGAGCCGGCCCGGGCCAGGUCAUCUACAACGGCGGCAUCGCAGGGCAUGAGCGGGAGCUGGUGUUUGAUGCCAACUUCACCUUCAAGGAAGGAGAGGUUGUGGACGUGGACGCUGACACGGCUGCUAUCUUGCGGAGCUCCAGGUUCGCGGGGGCGUUCUUGAUCCGAGCCGGCGGGGGGGGGGCAUCUCGCAUCCCCAUCACACUGUGCAAGCGCACAAAGAGUUAUGCUAGCAGUUUUUUUACAGAUGAUGAUAAAAACUUCUACGAUGACAAGGGACAGGGGAGCCCAUGGUGCUAUAUAAUAAAGAAGCAUUUCACAGCACCCUCUGAAAGAUGGGUCAUUCACAAGUGCUUCCAGGUUAAAAUACUGAAGCUAGUAAAGCUGAAGACAGCAUCACGGUGGCCAUCCAACCUGUCCCAUCAACCUCCCUGUGAAGGGGCCUGA